CUUGCAUGGGACAGACCCUUAAUGGGUUAUCGGAUUGGGUCACGCCCGAUAACCCGAAUCCUAACGGGUCUGAGCUGAAAAAAAAGAAAGAAAAGAGAAAAAAAAAGAAAAAAGAAGAAGAGAAAAAAACGGAAAACCUUACCUGUUCAUCGCCGCCUCCAUCUUCCUUGCCGCCGCCCACCACUCCCCCUUCCGCCGCGCUCCGCCCUGCCUCGCCGAGCGCCGCCGCCCGAGCUUCCGCCUCACCAUCUCCACUGCCACCCGCUCGCCGCUUCCUCUGCCUUUGCUGCCGCCCGAGCCGUCGCCGCCUCCAUCUCCGCCGCUCCGCCUUCGCCGCCGCCGCCGCCGCCGCCACCUUCUUUUCCCCCCUUCCACUCCGUACCCCUCUUUGCCCCUUCGGCAUCAAACCCACCGCAUAUCACCACCGCCUCGAGCCCUCCUUCCUCGUCUUCUCCUUCCACCACCAACCCCUCUCCCAACCCUCUUUGUCUCUUUUCCUUUCUCAGGGGUUUUCGGUAACAAGCCCCCGCACCACGCCCCACCUCCUUCUCUUCACGGGUUUCAGCACCGAAACCGCUGCCGUCCUGCAUCACCACCAGAGACCCAAAACAGAGGAUGUUGGAGGAGAUUUGGGUGGAGCAAAGGAGCUAAGCUGGUCCUCCCAUGGCGGCGGCGGCGGCGGCUUCUAGGACCUUUCUCCUCUUCCAUCCCAAGCUUCUAGAAGCUUCCAGAAUCUUCUCCUACUUCCCUAGGCAUCGCCGGAACCUCCCCCUCCUCCUCCGCCGGAGCUCGUCUCAGUCCGCCGCCCAACCGACGCUCGAAGCCCAAGCUCGGAACUUAGAUUCCCCAUCCGGGAUCGCGAACGUGGUGGAUAUCCUCCAAGAGAGGGGCCUCGUCGAGUCCAUCACCAGCGAGAGUAUCAGGUCCGCGUGCUCCAACCCUAUCGUCAGCCCCCUUAAGGUCUAUUGCGGCUUCGACCCGACCGCUGAAAGCUUGCACCUUGGUAACCUCCUCGGUCUCAUCGUCCUCUCCUGGUUCCGGCGAUGCGGACACAAGGCCGUCGCCGUGAUCGGCGGCGCCACCGGCUGCAUCGGAGACCCCUCCGGCAAGAGUUUAGAGAGGCCGGAACUGGACGUCGAAACUCUCGAGAAGAACAGCGCAGGGAUUAAAAAUAUUAUCUCUAAGAUCUUAAGGGAUGAGAAUUCUGUUGCCGGAACUGGAAAGGAGAAAGCUUUGGAUGUGGGGAGUGAGAAAGGUAGCAUCUUGGAGACAGGUGUUCGAGAAAAUGCGAAUUUGAAUCCGCAUUCUGAAAACAAUGGGAAUUUGAAUGUUCGUAUUGAAAAGAAUGCAGCUUUGGAUUCGCGGUUGGAUGAUUCUUUCACCAUUUUGAACAAUUAUGAUUGGUGGAAGGACAUCACGCUGCUGGAUUUCCUCAGGGAAGUAGGGAGGUUUGCUCGGGUAGGUGUGAUGAUGGCAAAGGAGAGUGUCAAGAAAAGGUUAAUGUCCGAGGAAGGAAUGAGUUAUACCGAGUUCACUUAUCAGCUCUUGCAAGGCUAUGACUUUCUAUAUCUGUUUAAGAACAUGGGUGCGAAUGUUCAGAUAGGUGGGAGUGAUCAAUGGGGAAACAUUACGGCUGGGACCGAGCUGAUUCGGAAGAUAUUGCAGGUUGAAGGAGCUUACGGCUUGACAUUUCCCCUUUUGCUCAAAAGUGAUGGGACCAAGUUUGGGAAGUCUGAAGGGGGAGCAACAUGGUUGUCAGCGUCGAUGUUGUCGCCUUAUAAGUUUUACCAGUACUUCUUCUCAGUGCCAGAUAUUGAUGUUGUGAGGUUUCUAAGGAUUUUAACUUUCUUGAGUAUGGAGGAGAUUCGGGAGUUGGAGGACGAGAUGAAGAAACCUAGUUAUGCUCCCAACACGGCCCAGCGGAGGCUCGCAGAAGAGGUAACUCGGUUUGUUCAUGGAGAGGACGGACUCACCGAAGCAUUGAAGGCAACAGAAACGUUAAGACCAGGGGCAGAAACAAAGUUGGAUUGGGAGACCAUUGAGGGGAUAGCAGAGGAUGUGCCAUCAUGUUCUUUGGCAUAUGGUCAGGUGUUGAAUUCUUCUUUAGUUGAUCUUUCAGUUUCUACUGGUCUGCUGAGCAGUAAGUCUGCUGCAAGGCGUCUGAUGAAGCAGGGAGGUCUUUAUUUGAAUAACAGAAGGGUUGAUAAUGAGGCUAAGGUGAUUGAGGCUGGUGACAUAGUUGAUGAGAAAAUACUACUGUUAUCUGCUGGAAAGAAGAACAAAAUGGUCAUAAAGAUAUGCUGAAUCAUCUUCAAGAAUAUCAUGUAAACUUCAUGAACUUUACACCUUGCUCUUUGCUUCUGUUCAGCUGAAUGUUUGUGAAGUCACAUUGAAAGCAUUUAAAUCUGCAUAAAGGAUGGUCUCAGAGACAUUGUUCAGAGAGAUUUUGUUUGAGGAAAAUAAAUCCGAUCACAUUCUUUACGUAGGAGGUCUCAUUAAUUCACCAGACUCAAAGAAUGAAAUAAUCAGUCAAUAUGGUGCAUGGUAAAAAAUUAGAGAUCCGUGCAUUUUGAAUAUAUGCUUCAGAAAGAUGUUUGCCACUGUGUUAUGAUCAUGAAUCCAGACUGAUAUUUCAAUCCGUCCGCUUUGUUUGUUUUCCUUAUCUAAUCUGGUAGGAGCUUUUUCACUUUCUUAAUUUGUUUUGUGUUUUAGAUUUUCACAUCCAUAUCAAGAACAUUGAUUAGUAAACCUGCCUUAUUUUCGCUUAUAAACAAAAUCUAAUUCUCUCAUCUCUUCAAAAACAAAAUCUAGUUCUCUCGUCUUCUAAACAAAAUUUAAUUCAUUAAGCAUUGAGGAUAAACAUCUACAAUAUUGUUUGUAAAACCAACACCGUUGUUCUUGUUCUUCCAUUUUUCUCUUUUCCAAUUAAAUUUAUUCUCCUCUUAACAUGCUUCUCAGACAUGAGUUGGUUGAUUUUUACAGCUUGUUCUACAGCAUGAAUUCUUCAGUUACUUUCCCUUUUAACUCCCCAUGCAGUGGAAUUGAUUACUUUGUUCUUAUUGAACCAGAAUCAGCUUGACCAACUUAUUCUUUCUCUAGAUCAGUAAGCCCAUCUGUUGAGGUAGGUGCUGUUUAAUUUAUGGCAUGUUUUGAAUUCUGUACCAUAGAAAUGACCAUCUAGGGUAGUCCAACAUGGAUGUGGUAUUUAUUGACCUCAACCUGCCAACCCGUCCAAAUCCGCCUGAGAUAAAUAGGUUUAGUUAGAAUUUUUAUAAUUUGGUUGGGUGGGUUAGCCUACCUCAACAUGAUCAUAAACAGGUAUGGAUUUGACCCCUUUGAUAGGUCACCAUGGUUUGAACAAAUAUCUCCAAAACCUUAGAAAAACUGUAUUUGUGCAAUUGGCUAUGAAGCCAAGAAGUGGUUUGGAUGACUAAGAAGGUUAAUGGGGGAAAAAAAAAGAGUGAAGGGAAUGGCAUAUUCAAUUGUGUUUUUUCUUCAAUUUUUUCUUCUUGCUUACUCAUUUUGUUUGGAUGCUAACCUAAAAUCCUCUACUUUUGGUCAUUUCUUAAGAUACAUAUUUGAUAUACCAAUCACUAAUUGGGUUGGUGGGUUGAAUAUGGGUCUAUGUAAAUUAAAUGAGUUACCUUUCAUUUAUACUUUUCAUUUUUCAAUCUGAUUAUAAAUGAGUCUGGUAUGGGUUUUAAGAUUCUUUUGACUUGAAGUUGAUCCGAGCCAAACCCAACACCUGCCACCCCUGGUCCAGAAUGUAAGAGUACACCAACUCCUAGAAUUAGCCUUAUGUGCCUGCGUUGAGAUAUUA